AUGGUGUUCUCCAUCUUCAAGACCGUCGCCCUGGUGUCGUCGCUCCUGGCCGCCGUCGGCGUUGCCAACGCCGAGCUCGAGACCGUCAAGCUCACGCACCCGUACGGCUCCAGCGCGGAGGUCUACCACUUCGGCGCCCACGUCAAGUCGUUCCACCCCGCUAUGGACCCAAAGAUGGACGUGCUGUUCAUGUCGAAGGAGUCGUUCCUCGACGGCGUGAACCCCAUCCGUGGCGGCAUCCCUGUCGUGUUCCCCAACUUCGGCAGCGCCAAGGGCUUCCCGAGCCACGGCUUCGCCCGCAUCACCAACUGGACGCUGGCCAGCUACAAGAAUGCUGCUGACAAGAACAGCCCGAGUGUGGCCAAGUUCACCAUGGAGUCGAGCAACUCUACGCGUAAGAUGUGGCCUGUUGACUUCAAGCUUGAGUACGAGGUGAAGCUGUACGGCAACGAGCUCAAGACUGCUCUGCGCGUGCGCAACACGAACAAGGACCCGAUUGAGUUCCACGCUCUGCUGCACAACUACCUGUGGGUGGACGACGCCACCAACAAGGGCGUGCAGGUGUUGGGCCUGAAGGGCGUCGACUACUACGACAAGGUCGCCAAGGUCAACGCCACGGAGACGCGCGCGUACAUCGACUUCGCUAACCAGACGGACAACGUGUACAGCAACGCCCCCAACACGCUGCACGCUGUGAUCAAGGGCGUCAACGCCGUGGACCGUACGACCGAUGCCGUCGUCUGGAACCCGUGGGCCGACCGCGCCAAGGCCAUGGAGGACUUCGGCGACGAGGAGUACAAGAACAUGGUCGCCGUCGAGCCCGGCCGCGUGAGCGUCAAGCAGGCCCUCCCCGCCGGCCAGACGUACACGCUGGCGGAGAGCAUUUCGGUCACCACGGCCUAA